AGCGACUCUGCCCGAGAGGCUAAGGCAGCGAGUCCAGCCCGGAGCCCAAGCAGAACCCCAGCUACUCGGCGCUACUCUCGGCCCCUGGCCCGCCCUGCAGCCCCUCCGCCCAAUGAAACUGACCGCGAUGAUCAAGAAGAUGUGCCCGAGCAACUCGGAGCUGAGCAUACCGGCCAGGAAUUGCUCCCGCCUGGUCAUCCUCGGCUCGUCCAAGGUGGGCAAGACGGCCAUCGUGUCGCGCUUCCUCACGGGCCGCUUCGAGGACGCCUACACGCCCACCGUGGAGGACUUCCACCGCAAGUUCUACGCCAUCCGCGGCGAGCUCUACCAGCUCGACAUCCUCGACACCUCGGGCCACCACCCGUUCCCCGCCACGCGGCGCCUCUCCAUCCUCACCGGAGACGUUUUCAUUCUGGUGUUCAGCCUGGACAACCGCGAAUCCUUCGAGGAGGCGCAGAGGCUCAAGCAGCAGAUCCUGGACACAAAGUCCUGCCUCAGGAACAAACCCAAGGGGCGGGCGGACGUGCCCCUGGUGCUGUGCGGCAACAAG